UAACAACUGGGCAUUAUGAACAGAUAAUCACGGGAAAGAUAUCAGUUCCAGAAGGAAACGAGAUGUCUGGUGACUUUGUGGACGGUGGCCUUUGUAGCCCGCAGUCUUUGCUCCAAUUUCCUUCUUCCUCUCUUCCCUCUCCCAUAGCAUCAGCGAGGUCCCCCAAGUGUGGUGCCAAGUGUCAGAAGUGUGACAAGCAGGGCAGUGUCGGUCUGGACAAGGAGAGUGGGCUGCCUUACUUGACAAUGACUCUCUACGUGUUGCCCAGGUGUGGACACAGUGUGUGUGUUGGAUGCAAAACUCAGUGGAGUCAAGAAAAAUUCUGCCGCAUAUGUCACCCGUAUGAUGCAUUAUCCUACCGCGAAAAUGAAACGGCUAAUUUAAUGGAACCCAUUGCUAAUGUCGUGACAUGUGGCUUCUCUGUUAUGGGCAAGACAGGGUUUGAAGAAAUUCAAGCCAGCUCAAUUGGAGGAACGAGGUUGAUUAAAAAACCGACAAGGCCCAGGAAAGCGCAAAAUGCUAUGUUUGCUUUGGGGAACUCUCCAUUUGGCAAAAAUGUAGCGGAACUAAGCUGUGCUGUGUGUUACAGUGCAAAGGCAGUUGUCGUGUGUGAUCAUUGUUUUGUGCUGUGUUGUGAGAAGUGUUUCAAAGAGAACCACGCAGAGACUAAUCAGACUCACCAGGCCAUUGGAAUUAUUCCAUCGGACACCAAAUUGGAUGCGUGUACUGAGCAUCCGACUGUUAGUGCGAACUGUUUUUGUUCAACUUGUGAUAUCUAUCUUUGUGUAGGCUGCUUGUUCCAGUCUAAUAAGACAGGCAAUCACACGGGACAUAACCUCUUGAGAACUGGCAGUAAUAUUCCAGACCCAAAUUUGGCCCUAGAAAGCGCCAAAAGGUUCCAAAACGAUCUGAAAAAUUCGGAGGUUCAAAGUGAACAGCUAGCGAGUAAAAUUGAAAGUCUGGCUGAAAUGAAAAUAAAACAGUUGAACAUGCGAUAUAUGCAAAUCAUGGGCUUACUGCAGCUGAGCUUAAAGAAACAGUUUGUUGACGUGAAGGAGUUCUGUCAUCAGAAGUUAAGCGAAGUGAGAAAGUGUCAGGAAUCGAGUAACAUAAUUAGCAACUAUGUGAGUGAGCUGCUAAAAUGUAUCGAACAAAAAACACAAGACUGCGAAAGUGUAACUACAGAGUUGAAAAAAUUAAACGCGAUAGUUUCGUUGCCGAGUUGUUUUAUAUCGAAUUACGAAGCGCUUGACUCCUUUGAGUUGAUGUUUCAAAUUGAUGAAACUGAUAUCGAAGAGGUAGUCGAGAAUUUCGGCAAAGUCUCAUUCAUGAACAAAGAACCAAUAAUUGCGCUGUAUGACUAUGAGUACAGAAGGUUCCAGAAAUCGAAUGGAAAAGACGAGCUGUGCUUGACUAAGUUGGUGGCUGAGAGAAAUAAGCGCCCAGACGUUCAAAAUAUGGAUGGCUUUUGUAUCGACAGUAUAGCGCUUUCACAAUUCCCAAACAUUGCAUGGCCGAGGAUGUUAGCCUUUGGGUAUAUUGUUAAAAUAACCCAUCUGAAAACUCCAGUUGAUUUUUAUUUCAUAAUCUCGGAUUCGGAAAGUGAUCUGGACAAGUUGAACCACAGAAUUCAAAGUCUGGUUGCGGACCAGCAGAGCAACAUUGCCAAUUUGAGAACAUUGUCUAAACUGCAAGUGGAUAGUAUGGUAUUGGCAAAGUUCUUCGACAACAACUGGUACAGAGCGAAAGUGCUUCAACAAGUAGGCGUCUCCUCUCGCUUUCCCGAUUCAGUGCUAGUGUCAUUCGUGGACUAUGGAAACAAAGCUUACUGCUCAAAUUCGGAAAUAAAGGUGCCUUCAACACAAUACUUGCUGCAUACAACCCCACCUUUUGCGAUGCAUGGGGGUCUACUGAACUUGGCACCAAAACAUGAUUUGCUACAAGGUGCUACUCUGAUGCGUGACCGAAAUCGAAGAUGGACAGAAGAUUCUCUGUUGUAUUUCAAAUCUCUGGUCGCUGGACGCACCCUGGUAGCCACAAAUUGUACGACCACCGAGUAUGGGAAAAGUUGGAUGGAUCUGUAUGAAAUGUCUGGCUCUGUUGACAAUGUCAAGUUGUACAGUGACUCACCGGCUUCAAUUUGUCAUUCGAUGGUGUUCAGAAAACAUGCCAAAUUUAUCGACAAGCAAAAUGCUCAAAAGACUAAUAUUAUGCGACCAAAGUAUCCUUUCUACCUCAGAAGUGAGAUUCUGUUUGCAAGUGAACAGUUUUCUGAUAGAGUAAUAGUAACAGAGUUCAUAAACCCGUCUCACUUCUAUUGCAGACUAGCUGAUCCUGUGCGCAAUGAGCAACAGAAAGCGCUUUUGAGUGGGAUCGAAGACUUCGUUGAGAAGUUGGGCGAUCGAGAAGAGUGCAAGAUACUGUGCCCCUAUGAGGGUAUGUACUGCUUGGCCCCCUUUGAAAUAGAUGACUCAUGUGGCUUCUAUCGCGCUAUAGUCGUGGAAGUGAAUCACUUCGGAGAGAUCAAAGUGUUCUUCGUGGAUUUCGGCAACUCAGUGGUGGUCACUGUGGACAAGUUGAGGAAGAUUCCGAUGGAGUUGUUGGAGAAGUAUCCGUCUGUUGUGUUUCUGUGCAGUUUGCAUGGAGUGAAGCCACUCGACAAUAGACCCAUGUGGGGCAGGAGUGCAAUGGAAGGCACUAAGAAGUUGCUGCUCAACAGGAUUGCGAAGCUGAAAGUAGUUUCCAUCGAUCAAAAUACGAAUAAAUACAAUGUGCAGCUGAUAGUCUUGUUUAGAAAGGGGAGCGAACCAGAGUUAGUUGCGGAUAUUUUGACCAGGCAGAAAUUGGUGGCAAAAGAAAUAGAGCGCUCAGGUUCCCUCGACUCCUUAUUUGACCAGGAGAAUGAGAAAAACGAGCCAGAAGCAGAAUCAUUUGGCGCUUCAUUGACCAUGGACGACAUUCAAAAGGCCCCAGCAGACCCAGCCAAGCUUAAAUUGAAUCUGCCUUCGCUGGAGAUGCGAAAGGUGCACAUGACCAACCUGGAGGAUCCGUGGAAUUUCUACUUUCGAGUGUUGGACAUUGGUGGCAACGAUCCUAUUACAGAUGUAGAGUGUGAAUUGCAAGUGGCUACUUCUGAAGGGAUAUUGACGCGCUUUGAUUCUUUGGAAGAGAUCAUCUCAUCUGAAAGCACAGCUAUGGCUGCCUUAGUUUUACUCGACGAUGAUGAAGAUCGAAAGUUAGUACGUUGUCUCCUGGUCAAGUUUCAAGGGGAGAAAAUAGAGGUAUUUCUAAUUGACUACGGACUGCGCAGACUUGUCGAAAGAGAAAACCUCUUAAUGUACAACUGUGACAGAAUUUCAAUAGGGUUGGCCUGUAAGUGUGAAUUAAGUCUGAUCUCGCCGGCGGGAAGUUCCAGUGGGAAGUGGUCCAAUAAUAGCAAAGAAGCCAUGCAGCGACUCUUUUCUGAAAAUGACAUCUUCGUCGAUCUGUCACUCAAGCGAGAUCGCCCUAUGGUGUCUGCCUUCAAGUACUGGGAUCAUGUUGACUUUUCUGAAGUUUACCACAUUGGGCCUGCAGCCACAAACAAAAGCGAACAUUCGAGGCUCAAAUCUGAUUUCGUUCCAGUGUCGUAUUUCUUGAAAAUAAAUGGCUUGGCAAUUACCAACAGGAACCCUGGGGGUAUGUUAGUUGCCAAUGGUAAAGAUGAGCAAAUUAGUCUAGAAAAAGACAAUGUUCUUAGUUUACCUGAGUGUCAAAAGCCUGUUGUGAAAAGCAGAUCGCUGGCCUUGGGAAGACUUGAAAAGAAACUCAACGAGCACAGGAUGAGAGAAAAGACUAUCAAUGAUGCGUGCAAUUUCAAGGCUAGAAGAAUUGCACCAAAUCACAACAAAGAAAAUCGAUCUGAUUCGGAUGUUCUCGAAAAACGCGAUGAUAUUGAUGGCCCAUGUAACAAUAUGGAAGCAUACUUUUCCGAGGAUUGUGCUAACAAUGGAAAAUGCUGGGAACAAAAAAGCAGCGAAAAUAUGUCAUCAUGUGGACAGUCGGUGUCAUCCUCUGGUAAAGAUUUGAGCGGGUUUGAAACUGAUGACGAGAAAUCCGAAAGUGCCGAGCAAUUUGAACACGCUGACUACAAAGAUUGCGAUGAAGACGACGACGAAGAAGAAGCAGCGCCAACUGUUCUUUUUGUAACUAAGCCAACUAUUUCUCGCCGUGCAAAUACUUCAAAACAACCAGAAUCCAGAAAGAAUUCCAAAACUGAACCUUCCGACCCAGAUAUUGCAGGAACGUCAAAACAGUCGACAGUCAGUGCGGGAUCUGAUAACAAUAACAACGCAAUCACAGAUGGAGAUGCAACAAGUAUGAGUGUUGCAGCAUUUUUGAACAACCUUGAGAAGGAGGCAGGUAUUAUGAAGAAGGAGUCAGUGAACAUGACGCCACUCGCUGUUGAAAAAGCAACUUCAAGUAGCUCAGUUUCACGCACCAUUGAAUUCGUUCAGCCCGAUUUGUUUUCUCCUAGUCCAGAUAAAGCAAUUCCUAGAAAGAUGGAAACUGUGGAUGGGUUUGAACAAGUUCCUCUUUGGGACCCAAUGCAACUGGUAGCCCAGGACUUGCAAGAUAACGGUCUCGAAAACCCAAAGUUCGACUUGACUUUACAUGGGAUCAGAGAUUUCCAAAUCAUGGAUGAAGUAGGUGAUGUUUCCACACAUGUAGUUAUCAAGCCCAACUGCAGUUACAAGGCCCUGGAAGUGCCGAAAGUGUUGAUGUACGAGAUUCAAUUCGAAGCUUUCGCUCCUGAUGGAGUCACUUUAUUCGGAGUUCUGAAAGACUUGAACGACUCUUUGAAGCAGAGAAUCAACACUGAAGUGGAUAAGUUCAUCAAUGGACGUUAUGUCGGAGGAGGGUUUUGUGCACCAGACUUGUAUGAAAACAUGGCAGCUUGUGCCUAUUACGAAGAAGAGAAAAAAUGGUUUCGAGCAAAUUUCUUGAACACGGAAGGUGAUAAGUUUAAGGUAAAAUUCGCCGAUUUUGGAAAUAACAGAAAUGUGAAGAGAAAUGAAAUGCUUCCUCUUGGAGCAUUCACAGACGUGCCCGCCUUGUUCUCAACUUUCUCUCUUCUUGGGGUAAAGUUUGCGGACGACUUCGACGCUAAUUUGAACAAAUUGUACAUCAAAAAAAUGCUUGACACGGUUUUGAACGAUAAAGAUAAAGUGUACGUUGGUAUUCGAGGAUGCAUGCAAGAAAGUGGGCGGGAUAAAAUGUUAGCGACUGUUUACUCUGCCAGAGUGUAUGAUCUGCGACACUUCAUGGCAUUAACUGGGUAUCAAAAAUGGGAUAUUACAAUACCGCCUGAAGUGAAAUUGGAGAGUGAAAAAGCUGACUAUGUGAAUGCAAUUAAAUCAACAAUACCCUUCCAUGUGACAAGAUAUGAGAAGUUAGUUGGAGAGACAGUUCAAAUGGAAGUUUUAUCGGAAAGUUGUGAGAACUUCAUGUUCGCCAAGUUCCGUUGCAAUAUGGAAACUGAUAAGUUUAAACGAUUCGCACUGAAUUUAAGUCGAAGUGUGCCAGACGAAUGCUGGCAAGUAUCCGACAAUGAAACUUCAAUAGGCCAGCUGGUGUUUUACUACAGUCGAGAAAUACUAGAGUUGUGUGUGUAUCACAGAGCCCAAGUGAUGCGUCUUCAAAGUGAGAAUCCUCGCCAGUUUUCAGUGUUUCUCAUCGACCAUGGCUAUUCAGUCAAUGUCCCGCCUUCUCUCGCUCUGAGGAAAGUCAGCGACUUGGAUAGAUUCAUGGGCAGUCCUGCAGAUGCAGUGCCCGUGUUAUUAUUAAGACAAAACGCAAAUUCCAAUCGGGUGUUCAAAUCGGGCGAAAUUGUGACAGGGAAGAUAGUGAAUGUCAGAGAAGUUGUGACUUUAGAAAUCUAAUAAAAAACAAAAUGCUGUCCAAAACAAUGAAUGCGUCCAUGUAAAAUGUUAAAAGGAACAUCAAAUCGAGAGGAAAAAUUUUGUUAAAUGAAUGAUGGCUGGGAAUCACUCAAUUGUAAAGACUGUUCAACAAACACGAUCUUUGCUCUAUGUUUGCUCUAUGGAAAAAAACUGUCGAAAGUGUGUUUGAUAAUGUUCUAAAUUGUUGAUUCUUUAAUUUUGAUUAUUGUUGCCCUAGAAUAUCAUUGUUCAAGUUAAA